AUGUGCGGAGGGCGGGGCCGACAAAAAACGCUGUCCAAUGAGAGCGUGGCAGCCUGGAGGUCCCGCCCCCUCCCCGCGGGGCCGGGCGGAGGCGGAGCCUGGCGGGGCCGUGGGGUCGCGCGCGAGGGGCGACUUCAGUUCCACUUUGUGAUGUCUUCCCCUGAAAUUGCUUCCCUUUCUUGGGGUCAGAUGAAGGUGAAGGGCUGCUCUACAACGUAUAAGGACUGCAAAGUAUGGCCGGGAGGAAGCCGGACAUGGGAUUGGCGAGAAACCGGGACUGAUCAUUCUCCAGGAGUGCAGCCAGCUGACCUUGAAGAAGUUGUCAAGAAGGGAGUUAAAACUGUGGUGAUUGGUCGUGGCAUGAGUGAGGCUUUGCAGGUUCCAGCAUCCACUGUGGACUAUCUGAAGAGGAACGGGAUUGAGGUGCUGGUGCUGCAAACGGAGAAGGCAGUGGCGGAGUACAAUGCCCUGGCAGCUCAGGGUGUCAGAGUGGGCGGGGUCUUCCAUUCCACCUGCUGAAGCGCAGCCCAUUCCGCCUGCCCGGCCCGCGGCCAAAUCACCGACACACCUCUGCUGGAUCAAAUUGCACUCAGCGGAGGGUGAGCUCGCGUGCCAAGGCAUUUGUGCGCUGACCAUCGAAAAUGCAAAGACAGUUUAUUAGCUCAGGAUUUAAACAAAUCGAAGGCUCACAAAAGGCGGGGCUGUUAAUGUAAUUAAAUCGUUUAAUUACACAAUAAUUUCCAUGUGUUGUUGAGAUUGACAUAAUUUUCCUCUGAAGGCCAUCCAUAGUCUUGUUACUUAACAUAUCACCUGUUCACUAAAUCAGGAAAUUAUAUUUUGAAUACUUUUAUUACAUUACUGGCUACUGGAAUGCAGCCAUAAAAUAGCUGAUGAGCACAAUCAAAUGGUAGAUAUGAAGUGGUGGUAAAGAAGCACUUUACCAGCACUGGAUAAAUAAGUUAAAAAUAAAAUAAAUUAAAAAGCAAACCCAUAACAUAGAACUUUACCUCCUGCAGGUGACCUCAGUCAGGGUAUUUGCCAAUUUAUGAACAUCACAUAAUAGAGCACUUUUAAAUUUUUCAUUGGGCCUGAAAAAGGAGAAAAAAUGUCAGCAGGGUAUAAGCAUAAAACCUGGGCCUUAAAGAAUUUUCUUAUUAACUGCCAGUUUUGAGGAUUGAGCUGUCUAAUACAUAUCUAUUCAGAAGUUCUUACACGCUUAAAAUAAUCAGAAACAUGAGUUACAAAGCUAGAGUUUGCAGCAUAAAACAUUGAUAUGUAGAAAAUUAGUCUGAAUUGCUGCUAGCAAGGUACUGCUGGCAAGCUGGGGAUGCAUGUGAGACUUGUUACUGGUCAUCAUUAUCUGAUGAUUUAAAUGUUGUGCCAACAAACAUUAUUAAACUGAAGAUUCAAACAGUUCUCUUGGUUGCUGUUCCUGGUGGGCUUCUAUCAAUAUUGCCAGUCACAAGUUCUACCUACUGUAGACUUUUUUUCCCACCAGGCUCACCAUUUCUUGUUCUGUGCAUAUUAAUUCUGUGUGUAUUAAUGAAAGUACCAAGACGAAGUUGUAAAAGCCCUGAGGCACUUGGAGCUACCCAAGCAGUAGUAGAGAGGCUUAGAUUGAUAGGAGUGCACAAUAACUUUCCCAAGGCACGCAAAAUACUAUGUUCUUUUUCUGCUAUUUGCUCUAGUAAUCAUUUAGAACCUUUUAUCUGAUAAAAUACAGAGUGAUGUAAAGGCAAAGGGAAAGUGAAAGUUUUAUCUUGCAGUCUCCUAAUGACAGCAAUGUUUUCUGCUAGUGCAGCUACAUUUGAGGGAAAAUCUUACAUAACCCAGCAGGAACUGCCUUUCCAGCUGCAUCUGUGUUGUCUGACACAGCAGCUGGUAUAAUGCUCAUUGUAGCUGCUGUGACAUUUUUCUGCACAACUUGCCUGGUGUGAAGGAGGAGGUGAACUACUGACCCAGAAGACUGUGGUCACCCCGAGGGAACGCCAGCAGAACGAGUUCCUACCAGCCCACAGAGUGUGGAGACUUUUUGCACUAAAUGUUAUCUGAUACUGAAGGUUUGACUUUCUUGAUCAUGGUCAUGUAUUUGUUUUAUUUUAGGAGCUUCUGGGCCUUAAGGCAGCCUCAAAUGGGAAGAGGCU